ACUUGCUGCAUGUCAAAACAACUCCUGUCCAUUCUACCUGAUCAUACCCUAAAGCAGCAAGCAUUUUCUUCAUUCAUUUCUCGAUGACAAGCUGUUCAAACAGAAAGGACCUAUCAAACCUAAUAUUAUCAUUUGCUCUUUUUCCCUCCUUUCAGCAGACACGGCUGUCCAUCAGGAGAAGUAAUUAAUGGGUUUAUUAUGUAGGAAGCGUCAUCCUGUCAGUUUGCUGCUUGGUUUGAAUAGCUCAUAUCAGCUCGUCGUUGAUGCCAUGCAUGUUCAGUGUCCUGAGCUAUGACAAAAUACUACACCCUUCAGGAUUUUCACCCGAUCCAUUAAAAAACACUUUCAUAUCUGUGAAUAACAGAAGCAACUAAAGGACACAGAAACGGAUACCUUCAUCUUCUUAUUAAAAAAAAAAAGAGGCUGCUGUACUGAAAGUUAAGACAGAGAGCAAAAGAAGAGGGAGAAAAGAAGAAUGCUUGAUAAAAUGGACAAAUACACAGGAUUUUUUUUUUUUAAUUUUAAGGAAACAAACAUUGUUGUAGAACUUUUCUGGAGUACCAUAAUUCAUUUAUAGAAUCAGCUAAGAAUUUCUCCUUGCUGAAGCUUUCAAUGAAUUUUUAAUAAGUUUUGAACACUCAAAUCAUCUAGGGUCAAAUGAACUGCUCUAAUCAGAUGAAGAAAUUCAAAGUCUGUCUUUCAAUUGCUAUCAUUUUAUCAUAACUGAUUAUAAUAAUUUAUUGAUCACCAAUUGCUGCUUUAAAAGAAUAGCUCGGAAUGCACUGGAAUAAAAAAAAAGAUAAUGAAGAAGCUGCAAAAACAAAGCACUGUGGGGAAAGAAAGAACAAAACUAAUGUGCAGAAGGCAUUUCAAAUAGAGAAGCUUCCUACAUGGUGAGACUCUCUUACUAUAUUCAUCUCAAAUUCCAGCAAAAGAGCCUCAAACAAAGAGUUUCCAGGUCACAUCUGAGAAGUUAAGCAUGAAUAACACAUGGAAGUCACCUGCCAAGAACUUAUAAAUUCUAAUACACACAGCAGAAUGGAAAAAGAUCCUUACCCCAAUGAAACCAUUGCCAAUGGCACUCCAAUACAACACCAGCCUCUAUCAAAACAUAGCUUGUGGGAAGUCAUCACUAUAGCAAUAGUGACGGCCAUAGUAAGCCUAGGCACCAUUGUAGGCAACAUCUUGGUCAUGUUGUCCUUCAAAGUCAAUAGCCAGCUCAAAACAGUCAACAACUAUUACUUGCUGAGCUUGGCCUUUGCUGACCUAAUCAUUGGGGUCUUCUCUAUGAACCUCUAUACAACCUAUAUCCUCAUGGGGCACUGGGCUCUAGGAAGCCUAGCCUGUGACCUAUGGCUUGCCCUGGAUUAUGUGGCAAGUAAUGCUUCUGUCAUGAACCUUCUGGUAAUCAGCUUUGACCGCUACUUCUCCAUAACGAGGCCCCUGACCUACAGGGCUAAGCGUACUCCAAAGCGGGCAGGAAUCAUGAUCGGUCUUGCCUGGCUGAUCUCCUUUAUUUUAUGGGCUCCAGCUAUCCUCUGCUGGCAGUAUUUGGUUGGGGAAAGAAAAGUCCCACCAGGUGAGUGCCAAAUCCAGUUCCUCUCUGAGCCCACCAUAACCUUUGGCACCGCCAUUGCUGCCUUCUAUAUCCCAGUGUCUGUCAUGACCAUCCUCUACUGCCGUAUCUACCGGGAAACUGAGAAGCGCACCAAGGACCUGGCUGAGCUCCAGGGCUCUGUUUCUGUGGCUGAGUUUGAGAUGAACAAGUCUACACGGAAGACCCUGCUUAAGUCCUGCUUCAGCUGCCAACAGCCAACCCAGGCCAAGAGGGAGAGAUGCCAGGCUUCCUGGUCAUCCUCCAGCAGGAGCACCUCUGCCACUGUGAAGCCUUCCCAACCCACUGAUGCAAACAAUGACUGGGUCAAGGAAGAACAGCUUACCACCUGUAGUAGCUAUGCUUCCUCAGAGGAUGAGGACAAGCCUACCACUGAUCCAGCCUUCAGAAAGACCUAUAAGAGCAAGGCAAAGGAAAGUCCAAAAAAAGAAUUCAACGCGGCAGACUCCAAGGAAACUUUUGUGAAAGAGCACUCAGUGAAUGAUAACUAUGAGACCCAGAAAUAUUUUCUGUCCCCAACUACCAUCCAUGGGCCCAAGAGUCAAAAAUGUGUGGCAUACAAAUUCCGGUUGGUGGUAAAGGCUGAUGGAACCCAGGACACUAACAAUGGCUGUCAUAAGUUGAAGAUCAUACCUUGCUCCGUCCCCGUAUCCAAGGAACCUUCCACAAAAGGCAUGGAUUCCAACCUCAGCAACCAAAUGACCAAGAGGAAGAGAAUGGUCUUAGUGAAGGAAAGGAAAGCAGCCCAGACCCUGAGUGCCAUCCUGCUGGCCUUCAUCAUCACAUGGACCCCCUAUAACAUCAUGGUGCUGGUGUCUACGUUCUGUAGCAAGUGUAUCCCCGUCACCCUAUGGCACCUGGGCUACUGGCUCUGCUACGUGAACAGCACAGUCAACCCCAUCUGCUAUGCCCUCUGCAACAAAACUUUCAGGAAGACCUUUAAGAUGCUGCUCCUCUGCCGGUGGAAGAAGAAGAAAGUGGAUGAGAAGCUGUAUUGGCAAGGGAACAGCAAGAUGCCAUGAAGUGGCAGCUCCACUCAUGGAAGCUCCUACAGACAGGACCUUAUGGAGUGGAUGGGCCUCCCACAUUUGCUUUCUUUCAUUUCAGAAAUAAAAGUGUCAUUUUAUUUACCUGAGAACUAACUCAAAGGAAAGAAAGACCCAAGAGGUGCCUGCCUUGACACUGGAAGGAAUACCAGCAGCGGCCGAGACUCUCUAUGGACCACCCUUGGCAUUUGUGCUACUCAUGUGAAGAACUGAGUAACUAUUUGGAAGAGAAGGAACCCAUUUAUAUUGAUUUGAGGGGUACACAUUGAGCCAAGAUUACUAUAGGCUGUGGAUGAAAGGAAUCAGAAACUAUCCCUCUUUGGGUCAUUCCAUGGGGUUAUGUGCAAUGUAUAUACAUAUUGAGUACCUCAUACCAAUGAAACCUGAUGAAGUAGAAGUCAGCAUCCCGCGUGCACAGGAGUGGUAUUUAACUUGCUGAUAAGAAUGUAUUUCUUCAUUUUUCUUAAUCAAUCAAUAAGUAUUUGUUGAGCACCUAUAAUGUGCCUGGAACUGUGCUGUUUCUUCAUGGUCUUAUAAUCCAAAUGAAACUUUGCAUCUCAGUUCCAUGAUAUACACUAAUCUCUUUGGACCCACCAAACAGGUCUCUAAUUCCUCACAACUGGCUUUGUGAAAAAUCAGAAUUCAUCUGGAAGGAACAUGGUAUGGGAGAUGGCCUUGGAGUCAAGAAGACCUGAGUUUGAAUCCUGCCCUUAAUUCUUGCUAGCUAUAUCACUAUGGACAAGUCACUAGAUCUCCCUAAGCCUGUUCCCCAUCUGUAAAAUAGGAAUAAUAACAAAGAUUAUUAUUACCUACCUCGCAGGUGUUUUGAGGAGCUCAAAAGUGAUAAAGUGCUUAACAAACUUUAAAGUACUGUAUAAAUGUCAGCAAUUAUUAUUUUAAACCAUCCUUUGUCCUUUGAAAUGUUUUCAUAUUCCCCUAAACUGCUACCUUCUUGCUACAUUUUAAGACCACUUAUUCUUAUUCUGUUCUUAGUGAAGAUGUAGAGUAGCUAUAUGACAUUCCUUUGUUAAGUAUAGAUCAUUGCUAGCUCUCCUUUCAACUUUCUCUUCUCCAGGAUAAAGAAUCUCAAUUCUUUUAACUUUUCUUCAUAGAUCUUGUGUCUUGUCUUCUCCACAGGUUUAGUCCUAGACAAAACUGUGAAGUUAAAAUUUAUUUUUUGUGCCCCCAUUAGUGGAUGCUUUGGGAUUCCACUCAUUCCAUAAAGGGAGUACUAAAUUUUCUCUGAAAGUACUGAUAAACUACAUCACAUCAAAAUGCCAUCAGUCAGCCGAAAGAUGGGAGGUCCCAGAUUCAAAUCUGACUUCAGACACGUCCCAGCUGUGUGACUCUGGGCAAGUCACUUAACCCCCUUUGCCUAGCCCUUACCUUCUUCUGCCUUAGAACCAAUACACAGUAUUGAUUCUAAUGCAGAAGGUAAGGGUUUAAAAAAAAUGCUAUCAGUCAGUCAGUCCAUAAACAUUUGUUAAGUACCCAUUAUGCUCCAGAAAUACUGCUAAGCUCUGGAGAAAUACCCUGCCAGAAAAAAAAAAAGGAUGAGACAAUCUCUGUUUUCAAGGUACAGCUGAUUUAAAGUGUUAGAUUUUCUUUAAGUGUUUAUAUACAAGAAGAAGAGAAAUCUCUCUAAAAUAAGUAAGUUCUGAUGGUAGAAUUUCAGUUCAUGUGAUACUUGAAUAGGCAGAUAUUUGGAGGGGAGUGAGAAUGUUUCUAGUGUCCCUUAAUUUAGACCACACAGGUGACUACUAAACCUCCCUCAAGUUUAAUAUUGGCACUCCCUGUUCAAGUUCAUGUCUUAAAUUAAGGGAUCUACAGGUAGAUGAAGAUGAAGAUCUAUUUAAUCUAUCUUUAGUAUUUAAGAGUGAAAAAAUUCACCUUCUCGAUGAAAGUCCACCUCCCCCAAAUGGGAUGAUCUAUACUAACAGAGGAAGAAUAGGAAUAUGUACAUUUCAGUGAAAAGAUUGUUCAGUUACUAAAAUCAAACCAAAACUUUUUUCUAAAUCAUUUCCAGCUUAAUAGCAGGAAUAAUGGCUCUCAUUUCUAGAGUGAUUUAAAGUUUGCAAAGCACUUUCCUCAUAAUAAACCAGUGAGGGGGGUAGUGCAAAUUUCAUUAUUCCCAAUUCACUAUGAGAAAGCUGAGACUCAGGUUAAAUAAUAAAUAAGUCCCAUGGCGAGAGUAAUCCACUUGAAAAUCUCAAGUUCUGUCUGCUGCUAUUUAAAUUAGUGUCUAAAAUGAGAUUCAAACCCAGGCCUCCUUUUUCCAACCAAAAUUCUUUCCACUAUAUUCUGCUAACUUUUUUUAUAUCAAUUCUAUAAAUUACAGUAUUAAAGAAAAAAAAAGUUGAGGUGUUGGGGGUGAAACACCAAAUGUUAAAAGAUUAUUAAGGGGCAACUAGGUGGUUCAGUGUACUGAAAGCCUGGCUGAGAGAGAGGAGGUCUUGGGUUCAAAUAUGAGCUCAGACAUUUCCUAGCUGUGUGUCCCUGGGUAAGUCACUUAACCUCUAUUGCCUAGUCCUUAAUACUCUUCUUUCUUGAAACCAAUACACAGUAUUGAUUCUAAUAUGGAAGGGUUAGGGUUUCACAAAAAAAAAAUACUAAAGAAAGGAAGAGGUCAGAAAGCUAAAGGAGGAAUAAAAAAACAUAAAGCUGACCCAUACUUCUCCUAAGCUUGACUAGAGUAUUGGGUGACUUUGGGUACUUGAGACUAAGCAGGGGAACCUAAGUACUAAAUGUCAGAAGGCACAAAGACAAACUGUUUACUUUGCAAAUCUGCCUGAGAAUUGGCACUUUUUUUAUAUCUAUUUAAUGAGAUUAAGGGGCUGAUUCUUAGCCAGAGCCCCACACUCUCCCCUUUGGCUUUCUAGGAUAUUCAGAGCUUUCUCCAUGCCUCAGUGAAUUUCUCAGUGGCUCCCACGAAAGGGCAACAAGCCUUGGUGACUUGCAUGAGCAAAAUAAAAAAAAAAAAAAAGCAACCAACAAGGGAAAAGCUGACUUUCUUGAUGCGGGUCCCCUGUUUGAGUCAUUAGAACAAGUACUCUUCACUGCACUAAAACAUCAGGAAACAGGGAGGGAUUGGAUUCAGAGUAAGUAUUGCAGACCCUAAACUCCAAGUCUAGAUGUAUUUAGUGCAAAAGAUGUGCCCAGGCCUCCAGGUCCUUGGCUCGAAACUGUUUCCUUGCCAAUGUCUUGGCUUCUUUUUUUAUGUGGGCUGCAGAUUUGGUUGUUUAUUGCUUGAGGACAGCUUGCUUGCUUUUUUAAAGAGGGGGAUCAUUUGGUUAGUUUGGGGCAGAACCAGUGCUCUGUAAACAUCUUGACCUCUGUGCUCUAUCCCUCGUUGUGUUAUUCUUGUAAAGUACAUGCUGAUGUUUGACUUGGUGUUACUGUGAAGUCUGUAUUUCAUUCUCUGCUGCUAAAGAUCUGGAACUUAGCUUACCAGGUCUCAGGGGUCCGCUGUAAAUAACUGAAAUUAUAGCAAAGGAAUGU